AUGUUGUUGGUGUCGUGUUUUUGUGACAUUUGGUGUUGGUUCAGCACGUUUAUGAUUCAGUUGGUAUGGUUUUUAAAAUUUUUUAAAAAUUUUGUGUAGUGUAUUGUUAUGUAGCGUAAUAUUUGUUAUAGUAUAGGAUAAAUCGUGUGCUAGUUUUGAUAGUGAGGACGGGUGGCCGAUAUUGGGGGGAGGGGGGCAAGGGAAGGGUGAUUUUUAUUUUCUGGGGAAUUAGCUUGAAGAUUUAGGACAGGAAAUAAUUAGCUUGUUCACAUAAUUCUGUCCCCUCUAUUCAGGCAAAGUUGCAGGUUAGGGGCACAGAAUUAUGUGAAUAACCUAAUAUUAGAAAAUGUUAAAUUUUUGAAUUUAAGGACUGCAACAUUAAAGACAAAGUGCUGUUAUUGCAUGUGAAUGGCAAUGUCAAGGUUUUUAAUUAUGAUACACAAGCACUUUGGAUAUCGUUAUAUGCUGUUGGAGUUGGUACUGCUGUGGCUAUAUUACCAGCCAACUAUUAUUAUCGGUAUCGAUGCAUCAAGGAGUACGUACUGUAGUUUCAAUCUUCUGUAUUUUCUAUAUUUCUACUGGUAUAUUAAAGCUAUAUUGGGAGGGGAUGGAAGAUGGCCAAUCCUAUAAAAACUUGCUUUAGCUAGUCAAAACUAAAAUUUUUAUAAUUUAUUUAGAGGGCCACCAAGGCUGCUGACGAUGAUAUUCUUAUACGCUUUAGCGCUUUCCAUGGGCUUUACAUACGGUUUAUUGUGUUAUUUUACUAUGGAGUUGAGCGGAAACGCUAGACCAGGUUUCAAUUAUGCUACUCUUUGGUGGGAUGCUCAAAAUGCGCCGAUUCUUUUACCUGGCGAUAUUGUAAGCUUUUUUGGGUACACCUGAACUUCUUUAUAACGAAUUGCCGAGAGAUUCUUAUUUUUUUUGUUAUCUUAUACAAUAGUUUUACUGUUUAUGAACCAUUGUCCCAAAGUACAACGAAUUUUACCGGUUUAGAAAUGACAUUUUUAGAUUCACAAAUGUGAAAACAAAAAAUACUACAGUUGUAUAAUACUAUAUAUUAUAUUUGCAGAGAAGUCUAGUAACAAAGCUAUGUUUGGGUUUUACAUCGAUUGGUUUUGGCACAUUGUAUUUCAUUGCUAUGCUUUUGAGCCGCAGAACGUUACACUAUUUUGCAUCAAACAUUACAUUGUUUUCAAAAGGCACUGUGUUAAUACAACGCCAAUUAACUAGUGCAUUGAUGUUACAAGUAAGGCUUUAUAUUAAAUUUUCCAAAUAUUAUGAUGAAGUCAAAAUUUUAAAAAAUUUUAAAAAAAUUUUAAAAAGUAAAAAUGGGCUUUGCAAUUGAAAAAUUUUUGAAAUUCAAAGAAAGUAAAGGUUACAAAAUCUUGAAACAAAAUUUUAUAACCAUACAAAUACUGCUAUCAAAAAUUCAAAUUCAGGCCUUAGUACCAAUAGUAACAUCGGUAGGCCCAUGUGCUUUUCUGAGCUGGUGCGCCUUCUUUGACAUGGAUGCUGGUGUUGGUGGCAUGCUUAUCUACUUAUUUUUGGCUUGUCUUCCUAUUUUCAGUCCACUGGCUACUAUCUUUACUAUUAAACCGUAUAGAACAGCCGUCGUUGGGGUGUUCAUAACCAAUGAGACUUCAACACAUUAUUCUGAACGGAGUUGA